CCUCACCCGCCACAGCUCUUAUUAUUAUUAAUUAUUAUUAUUAUUAAUUAUUAUUACUGUCCCCGGAGCCAUGUUUUCUCUCAGGCCUCCGAAGGCCACCUUCCGGUCCUACCUUUUACCUCAGGCAGAAGAGAAGAUAACACCAGAGCCCAGGCUGAAGAAGUUGGAGCCAGUGCUCUUGCCAGGUGAAAUUGUGGUCAAUGAAGUGAAUUUUGUGAGGAAAUGCAUUGCAACCGAUACAAGCCAGUACGAUCUAUGGGGGAAGCUGGUUUGCAGCAACUUCAAGAUUUCCUUCAUCACGGAUGACCCUAUGCCACUUCAGAAAUUCCAUUACAGGAAUCUUCUUCUGGGGGAACAUGACGUUGCACUAACGUGCAUUGAGCAGAUAGUCACAGUAAAUGACACAAAGAGGAAACAGAAAGUUCUGGGCCCCAACCAAAAACUCAAAUUUAAUCCAACAGAAUUAAUUAUUUACUGCAAAGACUUCCGAAUUGUUCGGUUUCGUUUUGAUGAAGCAGGACCAGAAAGUGCAAAAAAGGUGUGCCUUGCGAUAGCUCAUUAUUCCCAGCCAGCAGAUCUUCAGCUCCUCUUUGCCUUUGAAUAUGUGGGGAAGAAAUAUCAUAACCCAGCCCAAAAGGUGAAUGGAAUAGACCCUGGAGGGGGAGGAGGCGGUGGCGGCAUCAGUAGCAGCAGCCAGCAAACACCUUUGUUUGAAACAUACUCGGACUGGGACAGAGAAAUCAAGAGAACGGGGGCCUUCGAAUGGCGUGUAUGUUCAGUCAAUGAGGGCUACAUGAUAUCUACGUGUCUUCCAGAGUACUUUGUAGUGCCAUCAUCCCUGGCAGAUCAGGAUCUAAAGCUCUACUCCCACGCUUUCACGGGAAGGCGGAUGCCGAUGUGGUGCUGGAAUCAUUCCAAUGGAAGUGCUCUCGUGAGAAUGGCCAACAUUAAAGACACGUUGCAGCAGCGAAAAAUUGACCAACGGAUUUGUAAUGCGAUCACUAGAAGUCAUCCACAGAGAAGCGAUGUUUACAAAUCUGAUUUGGACAAGAGUCUGCCCGCCAUCCAUGAGGUCCAAGCAGCAUUUCUCAAGCUCAAGCAAUUGUGUGUGAAUGAGCCUUUUGAAGAAACCGAGGAGAAAUGGUUAUCCUCGCUGGAAAGUUCACGUUGGCUGGAGUAUGUCAGGCUGUUCCUCAAGCAUUCUGCAGAACUAGUAUAUAUGUUGGACAGCAAACACGUGUCCGUAGUUUUGCAAGAGGAGGAAGGGCGAGACUUGAGCUGCUGCGUGGCUUCCCUCGUUCAAGUGAUGUUGGAUCCCUUUUUUCGAACCAUUGCUGGAUUUCAAAGCCUGAUACAGAAGGAGUGGGUCAUGGCGGGAUACCCGUUCCUAGACAGGUGUAACCAUCUGAAGAAAUCUGACAAAGAGUCUCCCUUGUUCCUGAUGUUCUUGGACUGCGUUUGGCAACUUUUAGAGCAGUACCCAUCAGCCUUUGAAUUUUCUGAAGCUUACUUGACAAUAUUGUAUGACAGCACCCGCAUCUCGCUCUUUGGCACUUUCCUCUUCAAUUCUCCGCAUCAGAGAGUAAAGCAAAGCACGGAAUUUGCCAUCAGCAAAAAUAUCCAGCUGGGGGACGAGAAAGGCCUGAAGUUCCCCUCGGUGUGGGACUGGUCUCUUCAGCACACCCUGAGAGACCGCAUGCUUUUCCACAACCCCUUGUACAUUGGCAAAAGCACACCGUGUGUCCACAACGGCGCUGUGAAAUCCUUUAAACGGACAAAGAAGAAUUACAGUUCAACACUACGAGGUCUCCCCCCAUCCUUAAAGAAUGGAAUCAUCAGCGAGCCGGACUUCCUUCCAAGAAGAAAUUCCCUAAUACUAAAACUGAAACCGGACUUCCUUCAGCACACGGACAGCAGUGCCAACGUCACGGAGCAAUAUUUCAGAGAGUGGUUUUCCAAGCCAGUUGACCUGCACGGCGUGAUUCUCCCUCGUCUCUCGGGAACGCAAAUCAAACUCUGGAAACUCUGUUACUUCCGCUGGGUUCCCGAGGCCCAGAUCGCCAGCGGUGGCUUCAUUACUGCCUUUCACAAAAUCUCUUUGUUGGCAGAUGAAGUGGACGUGCUGAGUCGGAGCUUGCGGCAACACAACAGCGGCCUGCCGUUGCUAGCGAACAAUUCCGAACUGGAUCAGAGCCGGAUGUACUUUAGAGCAAAUGGGCUGAAUGAUGUUUCAGCGAGCCCAGAAUUCCUCUCUUCCUCUUUCCCCUUUUCUCCUGUGGGAAACCUCUGCCGGAGGAGCAUUCUGGGAACACCGCUGAGCAAAUUCUUAAGUGGUGCCAAAAUUUGGCUGUCCACCGAGACACUUGCCAACGAGGACUAGUCCGCUUAGAGCACAGAGGAGGAGGCAGAUUGGCGCUUCUUUGCCACGCAACACUGCUCUGCCCGAAGCUGUAAUAAUUUUAUACAUAAAGGUUACCUAUCGGUUUUUUUGCACAAAAUAUUUAAAAAGCAAGGGCAUCGUGCUUCAGAAUUGCACAAUGUUUUGUUCGCUGCAGCUGUCAAGCAUCUUGUCCCAUUUCUAACAGUCCUUUCUGCUUUCUAAAAUUAGCUGCUUGUGCAAGGCCUGUAAGCCCCCCACUCCUCAGAUUUGGCAUGGUGACUAACUCUUAUGUUUUGGUUGUGUUGCCAGGCUGCAGUUCCUAGUUGCUGACCGAAGCGAAUCUCGUCAGCUUGGAUUAAGCAGUAGGCGCAGACAGACAGCAAAGGAAAUUAGAAUUGCCAUGUCAGAUCUCCCUACCACUACUUGUGCGAAUGCCAGAGCAAUACAUUUCAGGGACUUUAAAAUACUGACUGAGCCAUUGGAAAGCAUGAGAUCUAAACAUUUCUGCUCAAUGGUGUUCCUACGCUAGGGUGAUCUGGUCCCAUCUUGCAAGCCUGUGUUUUCUCCUUGUUGGUUGAGUAUAUGUGUUUGCCUUUAAAUCACUUAAAGUCUGCCCCCCCCCCAAAAAAACUGCUCUCUCUGUGGGCCUGGUGCCGACAUAACUUCCCCAAAGCAGUGGUGGGCGAGCUGUAUGUCUCCCUCUCAGGAGCAAACGUCCCACUCUUGCUGUAGUUGCAGUUAAUACAAACACUAACACCAGUGUUAACUGUGGCUAAGGCUAAGCAUGGCAUCCUCUUCACCCGGGAUCUGAAACCGUGGCAGGUGUGGGCUUCAGGCCCUAAGUGAAGGGGCGCCUGGGAGAAAUCUGCUCUUGCAGUCGUAACACCAGCUAGGAGAUGGGGGCAGUUGUAGCUGCACUACCCCAAGACAACAAAAUCCAUCCUUUACCAGUGGGUGAAUUGUAAUCUUCCAAGUGCCUUUUCCUCGCAUACACCUCUCACUUCCUCCUCCUCAGGAUUUUAUUCCCUCCCCCUCCCCAGUAAGCUAACAUUCUCCCUGUUUGUGUGAACCGUGUUCACAGUCCGAUUCUUCCAAUGAAUUCUGGAAGCUGCUAGCAUCCAUUAUCCUUUUGACGCUGUGAUCAGAAACAAAAGUAUUAUUGUGAGUUAGCAAUGAAUAUUAGGCGUGAGAACUCCCGCAGAAGUCAAAAUCGAGGUGGCUUUAAAAAUCUCUCCUGAAGGAAAUGCUACUUUGCAUUUUUUUUGGUAAAGUUCUGAACAAUGGGCAAAGCAGUGACUACAGCAUCCUUGGGAUAAUGGAGCGAGGUGGGGUUGCGUGGAGAAACUUGGUGUUAUGUUGCCAUGCUCCCAAAGUCAGUGUUAUUUUGGGUACUGGUGUGUGUGGCCACAGGACAAGCGUCAACCCUGGAAACUUAGGCCAGGAUUAAAUUUGAAGUGGACAGCUUUUUUUUUUUUGCAAGCUGUUAUCUGAAGGUAGGAGUAAGUUUUAUGGCAUAUUACCAGUCCCAGGAAGAGUGGUACUUGUAUAGAAGAUCAGUAAGAAUAAUAGAAGCUUACACACACACACACAUCCCAGACCUAUAGCUGCUGCUCAUUCUAGCCUUGAUUCAACAUUGUGCUAAGUAAAAGGCAUGAGAGUGUUUCCAAUCAAUUCUUCUCUCAUACACAAACCCCCCCAAACGUGUGUCUGAUAAAGGGUGAGAUGACCGCUUUUUGCUGGGUACCACCCAAGGGCUAGCUGAUUGCGUGAUCGCUCAAAGGCCUUACCCGCUUGGCUGAGGCAUGCAUCUCUCAUCAAGCUUAUUUUAUUUUGUUCCUUCAAGGGUUACGUUUCACAAGCAUCCAAGUUAUGUACUUCCUUUUAUACCAGGUCUUUAAUUACUUAUGCCGAAUAGUCUUAAGAGCGUUUCAUAUGUGCCUAGUUUUGCUAAUUAACAAAAUCGGAUGAAUAUAUUUUGCCAGAGUUAAUAUGAA